AUGGCAACCACCAUCCAUACCAACCGCCUCCUCACCCUCCCACCCGAACUCCGCAACAAAGUCUACACCCUCACUCUCAUCCAACCAACCGCCAUCCAAAUCUCAGAACGCUCCACCGCCCCCUCAACAGCAGCCCAAGGCGCAACUCUCCACUACAACCGCCUCAUCGAACCGGCCCUCCUGUUCUCAUGCCGCCAGAUCCGAUUUGAAGCCCUCCCAAUAUUCUACGGCGAAAACGUCUUCUUCACAGCCCUCAAAGACGCCAUCGCGCCUUGGUUGCUAGCCAUCGGGCCUGCGAAGGCCGGGAUGGUGAGGCACGUCUGGGGUUUUCGACCUUCGAGGUAUUUCGAUUAUGCGUGGGCGAAGGGGUUGGCAGGGGGGAUUGAGAGGGAGUUGGCGAAAGCGGGUUGUGGCUUGGGAGGUGGGGUGUUCAGGAUGCCGUUCGGGUGUGAGAGGUUUCCUGGGAAGGUCUUCUGGACGAGUGGGGAGGCGGAUGUGGUGUUUGUGUCUGAGGAGGGGUGUAUUGGGCAUGCUAGAGGGGCGUUUAGGGUGAAGGGGGGAGUGGAUGGGGCGGUGGACUUCAUACCUGUGAAGGCGGUUGAUGGAUGA